CAGCUGGAAUGCAGAUAGCCCGGUUUGCUCCCGAAGUGAGCUCGUGGUUUCUCUUUGUUCCUCACAGAAACUAAUCAUGGAGAGGUGGCACAAGUGGUUCGAGUUGGCCAGUGUCUGUGUGGCCAUCUCUGGCUGGAUUUGUGCCAUCUUCACCAGGACCCUGCCCGUGUGGAUCGUGACAGGAGCCGUCGAUAAUUCCACAGAUACUCUGUCAUUGUACUGGGACGGAAUCUGGUUGAACUGGCAGGAACCGAGGAUAGGAGACUUGCAUUGCCACUUCUAUCAGUCGCUUUUGUCCCUGGCUGGGCGCUUUAACUCCUGGAAAGUGUCCGUUAAUGUUUUGCUUGGAGUGGGAGUUAUUCCCAUAGUGCUCUACAUAGUGGCCAUGACCAUGUUCUCUCAGAAGGAGCGAAUCAAGGCAGCAGCUGGAUUUGUUUUCGUUUUAUCCGGGCUGCUGAUGCUGGUGAUUAUGAGCUGGAUCACUCAUGCCACAAACAGUGAUUUGGACACAUCCAUUUCUUUGAAAAGGGACUGGGGAGCAGCUUUAUAUUCUGGGUGGACUGGAACAGUGUUGUUUCUGAUUGGAGGAGGAGUGCUGAGUACUUGGUGGUUUAAAACAGCUCCAGGGCCACAGCAACAAAUAAUAACGCCACAAGCAGCAGCAAUACCAGAAGCUGAGGAUCCGCUCUUUGCAAGGCAUCAUGCUGCAUUCAUUCCAAGUCCAUACAGGCAAACCACAAGACCUAUUUGAAAAUAACUCUCGCUAAAUUCAUCAUACUGUAAAAUUUGCAGUGCACUGCUGACUUCUUGUUGUACAUUUGAGACUUUGUUUGAAUCGACUGAAACCCUGAUAGAACACUACAUCCUGAUUAUCCAUUUCAGAGAGCUUUAAGGUUUGGAACUUUUAAGUCUCAGUCUUACGUUUCAUUAUUCACAGUAACAGCGUUCAAUAUUUCUAAGUCUGUUCAAACAUGUUCCUGAAUAUACAAUUUUUUACAUUGUUAAUUCUAUAACUUAUUACUGUAAUACAGCCU